AUGCUUCUCCUAUCUUUUUUUGUGUCUUGCUUGAAUUACUUAUCCGAUAAAAAAUCAUUGAAAUUUAAUUAUAGAACACAAUUAAAAAGGUAUUUCUUAAAUACUUUCUAUAUGAUUCCUCAACUUAGGUUGAAAUGGUUCUAACCUUUUUUUGGAAUUAUAUCUCACUUCUUGAUUUUACUGUUAAUAGUUAUUUUCUUAUCUUACAUAUACUUUACUGCUUUCAUACUAAUAGAAAUUAGCAGCUACUUUUACGGAUAUUAUAUUCAUUCCCUGCUGAGGAUGUAAAUUUUUGUUAAUGUCUAGCUAGCCUCACUGAUAACUCACUAUUUUUUAGAUAUAUUUUUUGUUAUGGCAUUUAUUUAUUCUGAUUAAAGCAUCUAUUGUUUGUGGGCUUUUGCUUUGUUCCAUUUGAUUUUAUUCUUAUAUGAAAUUGUAAAUUUAAUAUAAGCUAUAAGUUAAAGAUCAAGCAUGCCUUAUUUAUCAGAAUUUCAAAAUAUAUUUUACUUAGGAAAUUACAACAAAGAAACAUAUAUAGCUACACAAAAAAAAAAUUAAAUUUAAAUAAUUAGAGUAAGUAAAAAUAAUCUAUUUGGCAAGAUUGAAUACUCCUAAAAGAAAACAAUGAACAUUGAUGCAUUUACUGUAAUAGAAAGUAUCGAUUUGAAAAGAAAUAUAUUAAUUACCCAAACUGAUAAUUAAUAUCUUUCAUUCUAUUCUUUGCCUAAUUUAGAAUUCAAGUUCACAACUCCUCUCUAUAAAAAAAGCUGUAUAAGAGUGUGGGAUGAAAAAGGAGAAGUUAUUUAUGUUGAUUAUAAUAAGACUAGAAAGACGACUGAUUUAGAUUUUCUUAGCAUACAAGAUGUGUUUUAAAAAGGGUUUUCGCUUGAAUUAACUGCUAAUUUUCAGCAUAAAUAAUAGCUGAUUUACUAUGGAAACAUUAAAAUAGAUAAUGAUAAAUAUUAAAGGUAUGUUGUGGCCUGCAAUUACCCUUCCCAUGACAUAAUUGCAAUAAAUAUAGAAAAAUCAGAAAUUGAUACUUUAUAUAAAAAUACUGAAUAAAAUUCUAUUAAAUUCAAAAUAAGUCCACAAUAAAUAUUAAUAUUUAGCAAUAAUCACUUUCCUUCACUAAUAAUUUUAGAUGUGCCUUCUUAUUUAAUAGGAAGAGUAAACUGCCUUUAGUUAUUAUCAGGAUUUUAUCCAAUUCAAGUUAAAAAUAUUGAUUACCAUAUAAUUCUCUACCCAAACGAUAGCAAUAAAAUUGAUUAUUUCUUUUUGGCGAGAAUUCAAAAUAACUCUCUCAAAAUUAUUUAGAGAUGUAAAACUUUUAAUACUCAAAUACAAGAAAUUCAUUAUGACCCAAUCUUAAACAUUUUUAUUAUCUUAACUAAAAAUAAAAUAUUCUUUAUGAAUGUUAAUUGCGAAAUUAUAACAUAUAAUCAAAAUAAUGAAAUUUAAUUAAACAUAUCAAUCGAUGAUUGA